UGAUAACAACUACAAAAAAGAGAUCUUAAACGAGCAAAAGGCGACGUAAUAGGCUGUGGGCUGUGGGUUGUGGAUCAAUUAGUGAACGUUUUUGCCGUUUUCCCCUAAAUGUCAAACACCGUCAAAAUUCUCUGUCGAACUAUUGUCGCCCAGGUCAGUAGAAAGUCACAGCAAGUGCGCAAAAUGACCAGCGGCGCGGGGACAACGACAACAGCAACAACAAUUGUGGCCGUAGGACAAAUGCGAGCAACAAACGAUAAAGCCGGCAACUUGCAACAAGUGGAGCAAUUGGUGGCGCAGGCAAAGGCGGAGCAGGCCAAGCUGCUCUUUCUGCCCGAAUGCUGUGAUUUUGUGGGCGAGAAUCGCACGGAGACGCUGCAACUGGCGGAACCACUCAACGGCCAACUGAUGGGCAAAUAUCGCCAGUUAGCCAAGCAACAUCAAAUUUGGUUAUCCCUGGGCGGCAUCCAUGAGCGCACAGGCACUGAUGAGGCUGCAGACAAGAUCUACAAUGCGCAUGUCCUGUUGGAUGACAGAGGUGAAGUUGCCGGCGUCUAUCGCAAAUUGCAUCUGUUCGAUGCGGCCACAAAGCAAUUCCGUUUGCGGGAAUCGGACACUGUGGCGCCGGGUGAGCGAUUGGAGGCACCAGUGGCGACACCAGCUGGACAAGUGGGUCUACAAAUCUGCUAUGAUCUACGCUUUGCAGAGCCGGCGCUGCUGUUGCGCAAAAUGGGCGCCCAACUCUUGACGUAUCCGGCGGCAUUUACCUAUACCACCGGCAAGGCGCACUGGGAGAUCCUGCUGCGAGCACGCGCCAUUGAAACUCAAUGCUUUGUGGUGGCUGCUGCCCAGCAGGGCUGGCAUAAUCCGAAGCGUCAGAGCUGGGGUCACAGCCUGAUCAUCAGCCCGUGGGGCAAGGUGCUUGCCGAUUGUGGCGGCGAACUGGAAUUGGGUGUGGCCACCGCUGAGCUGAAUCUAGGCAGUUUGCAGGGCAUCUACGAGAGCAUGCCCUGCUUUGAGCAUCGUCGCAACGAUAUUUACAGCCUGACUGGUUACAAUUUGGGUGCAACCAGCUUGGAGCAGGGCGAAGAUCGUCUCUUUGCGGACAACACGGUGGACAAGCGCACCAUAUUUUAUGAGACGGAACAUUGUUAUGCCUUCACCAAUCUCCGUUGCGUCGUCCUUGGACAUGUGCUCGUCUCCACGAAGCGUGUCGUUCCCCGUCUGAAUGGACUCAACUGUGCCGAAAUCACAGAUCUGUUUGCCACCGUUUGCAUGGUGCAGCGCAUGCUAGAGCGGAUCUAUGGCACCACUUCGGCAACGGUCACCGUGCAGGAUGGCGCCCAUGCGGGCCAGACAGUGCCCCAUGUCCAUUUCCAUGUGAUGCCACGACGCGAUGGCGACUUCGGCCACAACGAUCAGAUCUAUGUUAAGCUCGAGGAUUGCGUGGAGAAGCAGCCGCCGCGAACGCUCCAGGAGCGCAUCGAUGAGGCCGAAAAGUAUCGCAAGUAUCUCCAGAAAUAGGAGAGUUAAGCAGCUUCCAUAUUAUUUAUGCCAUAUACAAAUGUGUAUCAAUAAACUAUAUUUUUUAUAAGCAACGAAAA